CUCCCAACCACUCACCGCCCUGUCACCGCCUAUAUGUGGCCCGCCACGGUCGCCCAGCGAUGGAGCGAGCCUGCCGUCCUCCGUGAUGGAGCUGGCGGAGCGGUUCCUGCUCGACGCGCUCGCCUACCUUGAGUGCGCCCUAGGCUUCCUGGCCUUCGUGCUGCUCACGCUGGUGGGCUCGCCCUAUGGACGCUACGCGUCGCAGCGCUCGGCCUGGCGGCUGGCGGCACCUACCGCCUGGGCAGUGCAGGAGCUGCCCUCGUUGGCCGUGCCGUUCUUCGUGUGCGUCGGCACGGCUGCCGAGCGCCUCCGCCACUCGCCCAACCGCGUCCUCCUGGCCAUGUUCUUCGUCCACUACAUACAACGGUCCUUGAUUUUCCCAUUUCUGAUCCGAGGAGGGAAGCCUACACCAUUGUACUCAUGUGUAAUUGCAUUCAUGUUCUGUGCAUAUAAUGGCUACUUGCAAAGCAGAUACUUAAGCCAAUAUGCAGUGUAUACUGAUAACUGGAUCCUUGACCCCCGAUUCCUAACAGGUUUUGUCUUGUGGCUGAUAGGCAUGCUGAUAAACAUUCACUCAGAUCACAUCCUGAGGAAUCUCAGGCAACCAGGGGAGACUGGAUACAAAAUCCCAAGGGGAGGCUUAUUUGAAUACGUAAGUGCAGCCAACUACUUUGGAGAAGUGGUUGAGUGGUGUGGCUAUGGCCUGGCCACCUGGUCUGUUCAAGGCGGGGCUUUCGCUCUGUUCACCUUUUGUGUUUUAUUCACCAGAGCACAACAGCAUCAUCAGUGGUACCUUGAGAAAUUUGAAGAUUAUCCAAAAUCCAGGAAAACUCUAAUUCCAUUUUUGAUUUAAGUCCAUUGUCAGUGGAAUUAUCUUCAACUUGAUGCUUUUUUUAAUAAUGUUUCUCUAGGGAUUAUAUAAGUGAAUUAUUUCUCUGUCAUUUUCCUGCUACUUCAUCUUUUUCACGAUUUGCCCUAGGAAUUGUUUUCCUAGUAAAAAAGCUACCUAAUAACUUACCAGUCAAACUGAAAUGCAGGUUGAAGUAUUCUACUGCAUACCAGGGUAGGGCUCUGGAGCUCUGGGUAAUGGCUGCUGACCAUUUCUCUGAUUUUGGACUUUUGGUUACAUCUAGCUGAAUGUGCACAAGACCAGAAUGUACAUACCGUCUUUGAAGACCUUUAUGGACCAAAACCUUCCAUUAGGCCUUGUAUAAUCCCAUAGAACAGUUCUGACAAGAUCGAAGGCAAUAUUGUCCCUUCUCCCCAUAGAAGCAUGAUCUGUCUUCUGGGUCCCUCUCAUCCCACUGGGUACCCACAGUAUAGUCAGGGACUCAGAGAAAUGCACGGCCUCUCCCUACUGGGUGCUAUGCAGGCAGAGAACUUAGGGAUGGAGAAAGGAGAUGUCUGAGGCCCAGCUGAGGCCUGGACAAAAGGCACCUGCCGCUGCUCCAGCCUGGCCCACCAGGUGACUGUGCUGGCAGUGCAGGAUGCUGGGAUAUUUAUAAGGAGCAAGCUACUCUGUCCCCCACAAAGGGACUUUCUGGAGGUGUGAGGGUGGGAGUAGGCAGGUGCAACAGGGCAGUCGCACCUCCUGCACAUCCCAGUCUCGGGUCACUCGCCGUAAACCAGCAUUAUUCCCUGGUCUGAGAUGCUUUUUCUUUCUUUUUUUUUUCUAAGUUCCAAAUAGAUCUAGAAAUUUUUAUUUUUAUUUUAUUUUGGAGAGGGAGAUAGGAAAACAUUGAUGUAAGAGAAACUGAUCACCUGCCUCCUACACAUACCCUGACCUGGGAUCGAGCCCACAACCAGGGCAUGUGCCCUGAUGAAAUCAAACCAGUGAUCUUUUGAUGCAUGGAGCCACACUCAACCAACUGAGCCACACUGGCCAGGGCUAGAACUAGAAAUUUUGAAGGCACUUUUUAAAAAGUACAUCUCAACAUUGCAAAAUGAUACCUUGAAGCAGAAUUUCUUGCUUAAGAUGCAUUUGAAGGUUCACGAAUAUAAAUGGCAGUAAAAAAAAAAAAAAUGCACUACUUGCCAGCCAGCAUGGCUCAGUGGUUGAGCAUAGACCUAUGAACCAGGAGGUUACAGUUCAGUUCCCAAUCAGGGUAUAUACUGGGUUAGGAGCUCGAUCCCCAGUGUGGGGCUUGCAAGAGGCAGCCUAUCAAUGAUUUUCUCUCAUCAUUGAUGUUUCUUCUCUCUCUCUCUUACUCUCUGAAAUCAAUAAAAUGUAUGUAUAUAUUUUUUAAAUAUACUACUGGGCCAGGUAUUUAAAAGAAAUCUCCAAUUAGAAAGCUGUUCACUCUCUGUGAAAAUCUAAUGAACUCCUAGUAAAGGUCCCCUCCCUUGUCCCUUGGGCAGUGUUGCCUCAGUUGCUGCCACAUUUGCAGAGGUGAAAACCAAAAGAGAAAUGGAAAAGGAGAGACUGUUCACUUCUGAUCUGCUGACAGUGCUAGGUUCAGGAGUCCUCCAGACACACCUGAAGUGUUGUCCUGUCAGCUUACUCACUGCUGCCCCCAUCUCUCCAGACCCCUAAACCCCCAUCAGCUCCCCCACCCUUCUCCUGGCUCACCUACCAAGUAGGGCCUCCCUCCCUCAUGAGUUUUUAUGUAGAAACUCUGUUCUCCGUGGGCUUUUGGGGUUUAGAAUUACACAGAAAUCUUCCUGAUGCGGCUGUGCUUCAUUUUCACUAAAAACAGAAUGUUUUUGCGGGGAAAUUUUAUUAUUAAAUGAACUUUGGCUCCUUUUCAGACCAAAUAAUUACUUGAAACCAUAAAGCAAUAAAUAUUUGGUAACUCAGGAGAACUCAAACAGCUGAGCCAGUCUUGAUGGAUUCGGGCCCCUGUGUUUUGGAAGGCGCACCUGGGCAGAAGAUGUGUCCAGAGCCAGAGAAGCCCCCUGUGAGGGUUACUUCUAAGUGCUGCCGUUUGAUUGGAAUCGUCCAUGUGUGCAGAAGGUUGGCUUAACUGAAGAUCUGAUGCAGAAUUUCUACUUUCCCGGCACACACUGGAUGGAUGACUAACAUGGAAACAAAUCCUGUUCUAUCUUGUCGCUCUGCCCUUCAUUUCCUUACAGCUUAGGAAAUCAUCUUCAGUCUUUCUUUUAAUUUUACUAAUUAAGGAGAUUAAUAAAAUGACUGUCAAAAGUC